AUGUCUUCACUCUUUCAACCAAGACCCGUGCUAUCGUCACAGCGUUACUCCCAGUCACCAGACUAUGUCGAUGCCAGACGUGGUGGUGGUGGUAUCCAAACUGGCAGAGUACCUCUGCGAGAGUCCACUGGCAAUGCCCAGUCCCACGGCUUCAAUGGUUUAGUUUCUUGCUACCAGAACCAGGUGGCUCUAUCUCCUUCUAUGCAGUCCAAUAUACCUGCCCCCAUGGUACCCUCACAAUCACUCGACUGCCUUUACAGAGUCCCAACGCCUCGUCAGCAGCCUCGCUACCAAAGAAGGCCCAAGACCUCCAUCAACCCUCUCUACUUUUGGCCAGCCUUUCGACAAUAUCGAAACAGGCAGGCUCACAAAGAUACCCAAAAGGACAAGGGUGGCGUCUGGCGCCGACCUGAACUUGAAGAUGCCUUCGUCGACUCUGUCCUGCUCAUGCCUCACAUGGGCCGUCGCAAGUUUUCCAUGGGAGGCAAACUUCACGGCCGGAACAUGUUGAUCAGCGAGUACAUCUUUGUAAUUUGUGUUGCCAUUUUGGGAAGCAAAGAGAUUUUCCGAAUCGAUAAUAGCAAUGAGAGCAUUGAACAGAUGGGACGCAAGCAAGUAUCUAGCCACAUGCAAGUGGUGAAGAAAUUCUUUGAAGACCUUCGAUGCUUCCACUUUUUGUUCCCGUCAGAAGAAAAGAAGGAACCUGGUUCGACCAACUCAGAUGACUACUAUGACGAAGAAGAGCAGGAGUCAUUCAAGUCGAACCCAGUUCUGACGGCGCUGGCUGAAGGUCGAGUGCCCGAGGUGAAGCCCAACUAUGAGUACUUCUCCCAGCUUUUGGCGCUGCAGUCGUCCAUCUGCACCCGCCCAAAGACUUGUGAGAUCUUUGUGUCUUCAUCAGACAUCAAGAUUCGGGAUGAUAUUGCCUACGAUGCCCAUGACACCCCCCUGGACCAGGAGUCCUUCCCUCACUUGAACAAGUAUACCAAUUGCGAUGACAGCCCCAAUGUCCUUGGCAAAGAUGUCCUCUUGCAUGAAUAUACUCGGUCUCUUGACCGCACCACAUCUGCCUGCGUCAAGUCCGUGACUCGUCGCUGGCAAAAGGAGGCUCCUGCCAUGUACGAGACGCUUGACCUCCCAAACAGAGAUGAGGAGUGUUUGCUGCUGGAGAUGUGCGCCACUCUAGAACUACAUGAGCACGCCAAGUUUCCCUCCGGGUCGGAGCUCACUGGCUUUGUCGAGGUUGCCAUUACGCAACCUGCUCUGCAGAACCACAGGUGGAAGUGCAUCACUCGCCUCACCAGGCCAGCCGAACUCCACAGUGAUGAAGGCAAGCAGGCUGUUUACACUAAUGACAGUGGAAUCCAUCGUCGAGGGUGCAGCGACUCCAAGGUGGAUUGUGACUGCCACACCCGCCCUCGACAGGAUAUCCACGUUCCUUUCCCUGCAGUCGAGUGGGCCAGCAUUCUCAGCAUGGCGGUGCAGUAUCCCGAUGUUGAGCAUCAGCGCAUGAAGGAGAAACGUCGCAAGUACGCGGAUGGUGAGGGUAAGAAGGACCUGGAGAGAGCUGGCAGCAAGCGUAAGCGCUCUGAGGAUGAAGGGGACGCCGCCUCUUGGGCUCGCCGUGAACUCACAGGGAGUGACCUGAUUUGCAAGGUGGCAAUGUAUCAAGAGCUGUGGUCUUGCGCCCCGGAUUCCACGCAGUGGAUUCGUCAGGGCAUCAUUUUCUGGCGAUUCAACACAACGAACCAGUGGCACAAGUAUAACCCGGUAUUCAAGCCUGCUGGUACUACCUGGCGAUGGUUGACGAUCAACGACCCCAUGUCCCGAUAUCAUCAGCAAAAGGCACUGGUCUACCCAACCGCAAAUGUCUCAAGAGACGCAGUCAUGUCUCCAACCCCAACUAUUAACCAGCACCUCACGGCAGCCAUGAACGAGACAUUCAACACGUGGGACCAUGGUAGUAGUGCACCGCAUGUGCCGCAUGUUCCGCCUCUGCAAACCCCAAACAACAGCAUAGGGCUUUUUGACUCCUUCUCCAACGGACUGGCUACGCCUCCACCAACUGCAACCCUCCCUCCGACCUACUCGACUGGAAACUUUGACACGCGAAGCGGCAGUUUUGAUGCCAGAAGUGCCAGCUUUGACACCAGGAGUGGUUCCUUUGACAGCAACAUGGCACCAAACAACGGAGUAGCAUUCCUGCCCACGACCGGUCCCCCAUCUCAGCACGAGCGCCAGCCAACAACACUCGGAAAUAACCAGUCCUUCUUUGACGGGCAGCCAUCAUUCCCCGAGGUCAAGCCCAUCAACACAGCCGUAAACUCAUACAUGGCCGCCACAACCUCCCUCGAGCUGCCCAACCAGCUCGUCUACGACAACUCUGGCGUCGAUGCCAGCAACAUGCAAGGAUGGGACAUGUCCGCUCUGGACGGCUGGUCCGCAGCUUCAGCGCCGGUGAGCGCCACCACAGAAUGGGCUCCAGCUCCCAAGGUUGAGCCGCAGGGAGACCAUCACGCUGCCAUGUGGGCUCCUCCACACUGGCCCUUAUCCGCAGGAGCAGCUCCUGGCUCUCACGAGCGAGGAGGAAGUCCACGGCCCUUGAAGAGACGGAGGGAGACUAUCGAUGUUAAUGUGCCAGUCACUGCUGGAUGGUGA